AAAUGUGAAAAGUUUCUUCUUGUCUUGUGUGCUGGUUUGCUGACCGUCUCGCACUGAGCGUGCGCAGUACGUGCUACCAAUUUUUCCUGGUCCAAACUGUCACAUGAGAGGAAAGUCUGGUUCCGGAUGGCCAGAUCCAUCUCUGCUUAGAAUCCCCCCAAUGGCAAUAUUAUCAAGCUGACAUGGCAGGCUGAGCUUGUACUGUAGGAACCAUGUCGCUCCAAGCCCCUCGCAUGUCAGUGUUCACUUUUCAGUCUGCAGUGCACAGUGCUCAUGUUCUCCAGUGUCUGAAUGAGCAGAGGCAGCGGGACAUCUUGUGUGAUGUGACAGUGUUAGUGGAGGACAGGAGCUUCCGGGCCCACUGCUCCGUCUUGGCUUCCUGCAGCGAAUACUUUCACAGCAGGGUCACCAAUGUCACCAGACAGAAUCCCACCAUCACCUUGCCCGACGAGGUGACUGUGGAGGGGUUUGAACCUUUGCUUCAGUUUGCCUACACAUCAAAGCUGCUCUUCACCAAAGAAAACAUUCACGCCAUUCACAGCAGUGCUGAAUUUUUGGGAUUUCACAACUUGGAGUCAGCAUGCUUUGAUUUCCUCAUCCCAAAGUUUUCUGAAGGCAAGAGAACCUCACAGGAGGUCAGGCGUAGAGCGUGUUGUCGGAGUCGGGAUCCCAGUACAGAUUUUGGCUCCAGCGUAGAGAGCAGCCAACCAAAAUCAUUUGAGUCACACAGCCCAGUGCCUUCAGGAGGUGAUGAACAAACAGACUUCCCAUCACAGUGUCCUCAGAGCUCACAGGGUCAGACGAACAGCGGGGAAGAACACUUUUGUUUGGAGAACUGUGGGCCACAAAUGGCCCCCUUAUCUCUUGAGUUAACAGCAAAUGGUGUGUGCCCCAUGUUGUCACUGCCAUGCCCAGACUCCGACAAAGCAGAUCCCUCUCAGUUCUGCGAAAGAGAUAUUUUAGAGAUAGGAGAUGUGUGUAAUCAAAGUGAGUUGAGUUUGGCAGACUGCGGCUUACCCUGCGAGCUGUCAACCCCAGGGGAUGUGAAUCCGUCAGAACUCAUUCAGCCUGCAGGCAGAGAUGUUAAACAGACUGUUGAAACGCUCGGUGCUGAAACCAACUGUAACCCCAGUUCAUGUCCACUCAACACAUCAGGGGCAGAAGAUUGCAGUGAGUUAUUAGAGCAGAGUGAGGCUGGCCUUGAACAGAGAAUGUCAGACCCUACACUGACUGCUCUAAGCCAUGAAGAGGGAUUUGGGGAGAGGAGCAGCGUAGAGAGGGAGGUGGCUGAACAUCUGGCAAAGGGAUUUUGGUCUGACCUAUGCCCAUCUCAGGCUCAACCACUCCCCCUGGACCCAAUGGACCAAAACAAUCUGGCAAAAGCAUCAGACUUUCAUUGGCUUAAACAGCUAGACCUGAGUUCCAGUGCAGGAGACUGUCCCUUCCUGAGGGACUUUGGGACAGGUGAUGACCCGGCCUCACGCGCUGACAACCUUUCCCAAUCAGAGAAGAGCCCCUGCAUGUCCUCCUCACUCAACUCAGGGGAUGAUUCAGACCUGGACACAGAUGGAGAUACUGAGGCCAACAACAAAAGAGCAGCAGAGAUUCAGCUCCCAUUCCCAGUUCAGCAGAUCUCAGCGCUGAGCCGGAGUGCCUUCCAGCAACUUCUGAGACACCAUCAGCUGACUCCAGAUCAGCUGGAGUUUGUCCAUGACGUCCGUCGACGAAGCAAAAACCGCGUGGCUGCACAGCGCUGCAGAAAGAGAAAACUAGACAGCAUAAACCAGCUAGAAAGUGAAAUCAAAACAUUGAAAAGUAAGAAAGAGAGGCUGCUGCAGGAGCAAACUGAACUGGAGCAAAACCUGGAGGACGCACGGCAGAGUCUUUGUGGGUUAUAUAAGAGUGUCAGCAUCGAGUCUGUCUCUGAUCAGGACCACCUGCAGCUUCUUGCCAAGCACUCCUCACCAGACUUCCCCAUCUCCUUCCCGGGCCUUGCGGGUAAAGACGAGGAGUCCCAGAUUACUAUCGAAAUGGUAAGUUGUUCCUCAGAGUCUGACCCAAGUGGCCCGCCUGCAGAAACUGUUCAAACCGCCACACCACAGGCCAGCACACAGACAGAGGAGGCAGAAUCUUCUUCCCCACAGAGCUGCCCUGUCUCUUCUCCUCUCCUCAAUGCUUGUUUGGACAUGAAUAACAGCUUAUAAUUGAAUUCCAGUUCCAUUGUCAUUUGUAAUCACAAAGGACCAGGUGGCAGGGAGUGUAUUUUUGAUUAUAUACUGUAAUUCCCAUUAGGAAUAGAUAUGCUUUCCUGUUUAUUUCACUGAAUAAUUUUCUGCCUGAUAUUGGUAUCUUAAGUUGACAUAGAAAAAUGUCAAACUAUCUUCACUGUAUUUCUAUUAUGCAUUUCACUGUAGUAAUCACAGAAUCCAGUAUUCAUCAUUUUGAAGGUGCAGACAAUUUUCAGGUAAUUCCCAUAAGUUUCCAUUUGUGAGCUAGGAGGGUAUUUCUUAAAAUUAAGCUUGUUUUUUCUCAGGGAAACUCAUAACCUGACUUAACUUUGAUGGCUAAGAUAAUUCUUGUGCACACACCCCCCUCUAUCCUUCUUACAUCUACACACACUCACAGUUCUGAAAAUAAGACGUUUCUUUAAUCUUAGUUUAAUUAGUCUAUCAUUAUAAUCUUGUCACGUACUGUAUUGUUCUACAAUAAUGCUGUUUCUUUGAUAAAAUAUGCACAGACAGAACUUUUUACGGUUGAUUACAAUAAACUGUUACAGCUAACUUAACUUUUCAUCAGCAUUAUUUGAAUGCCAAUGCAUAGUUACAGUAAUAACUAUCACUCUUCUCCGAUAUUUGAGGAAUGGUUCCAGUGUAUCUGUUACAGCUGAACAUAAGAAGUUAUGUUAUUUGAUGGAAAACGUGCCUUAUGCAGUAGUAUAGUAUGAAUUCAGAAAGAUAAAGGUAAUCUUUCUAUAUUCUUGUCUCAAACACUGUUGCACAUUAAUCCAGAUCGAAUUGAACUGAUGGCAUUCUCUUAUGUUUAAGUCUGUCUGCACGUUGAGUAUUUUUAUUAAAUGCUUUUAUGGAUUACAGAUUUAAAUAAACAACAUUUUGUGUAC